GGCAUAAUCCUCAUAAAUGGUCUGUUUACUUUAAAAUACUCAAUGAAUUAGCAAAUAAAAGCAACAAAGUAGCUAUAUGUAUUGUUUGUCAAGAUACUUUAGACGAUGAAGCAAAAAGACUAACAAACAAAGCAAAUUUAUGCUAUAAUCAUUUAAAAUCUUGUCCUUAUUUUGCAAUAAAAUAUACCAAAGAGGAGUUGGAUGAGAUUCUUGGAUACUCUAAUAAAGAACAAGAAUCUAAUACUAGUAAUAGUGAGAGUGAAAAAGAGAGUUCUUCAAAAAAAGCAAAAUCGGUUCAAGUAGAUAAAUCUUCUAAAAGAAAAAAACAAACAACAGUUAAAGUUAAAGAUAUUAUUGCAGCUUUUAAACUUGCUAAUUCUGCAAUCCAAUUACCUUUACAUCGCAAGCUAAGUAGAUCUAUUCUAAAAAAGAAAGUAAAUAUUGCAGAAGAACAGUUUGAAAUUAUGGCAAAAGAUAAUACUAUUGGUAUUACAUUAGCAUUUGACAGGUGGAAGAAUAUAUUAGUUCAGAAAGAAAUACUCAUAACUAGCUUAGAAAAUUCAAUGAACUCUAAUAACAAAAAAAUUCCAGAAGACAUUGCUGAUAUAAUUAAUGAUUCAAUAUUUUGGAAAAAUUUAAAAGAGUUAGAUGAACUACUCUUCUCAUUUUGUACUGCACUAACAAACUCCAAAUUUGAAGAUUUUUUGGCCAAUAAUUCUCCUUUCAAUACAGUGCCAUUUGGUCAAUUUAAUAGUGAUAUUAUUAAGUAUUGGACUUUUAUUACACAUAGAACACAUAAAGAAAUUGCAAAUUUUGCACUCUCAAAAUAUUUUCCUAAUUCUGAAGAGUUAUCUCAAGAAUCAGAUUUAGAGGAUAAACAAGUAAAUGCUGAUAAUAAUAAUAUUGAAUGGGAAGAGUUUAUUACUAAUUGGUCAUCACUUCUAGCAAGUGAAGAAUUUGAGGAUUUUGAAGAAGACUUUAUUGAUAUUAUAUAUCCAGCUACUAAUUUAGAUGCCAAAUGGCCUUUAUUAUAA